AUGUCUAGCGCGACCAAGUACACGCCUGCUCCACAGCACGACCCCGAAGAGGACGCCUAUGCGCAGCCGCCUCCAUCAUACCAGGCCGAGAGCAGCUCUGCCGCAAUCGACGACGACGCGGCCCGUCUGUUCGGCGGUGGCCCGCGCAGCAGCGAGGACAAUGUGCCCGACGACUUCAAAUUCGGCGGGUCCGUGUCCGAGGCUACCAUCGACAUCCGCCACCAGUUCAUUCGCAAGGUGUACACGAUCCUGACGGUGCAGCUGCUCGUGACGGGCGUCGUGAGCGCCCUGAGCUUCAUGAGCGCGGGCUACAAGACGUGGAUCCAGAGCCACCCGGGCAUGGUGUGGCUUUCGCUCUUCGGUUCCAUGGCUUUCAUGCUGCUCACGUACUGGAAGCGGCACUCGUACCCGACGAACCUGCUCUUCCUGUCGGGGUUCACGCUGCUCGAGGCGUACACCAUCUCUGUGAUCGUGUCCUUCUACCAGACGUCGAUCGUGCUCAACGCCGUCCUCCUAACGGGCGGCGUGUUCGUGUUCCUCACCGCGUUCGCCUGCCAGACCAAGUACGACUUCACGAGCUGGAUGCCGUACCUGUUCGGCGGGCUGUGGGGGCUGAUCCUCUUCGGCUUCAUGGCCGCCUUCAUGCCCUACAGCAGCACAGGCGAGCUCAUCUACGGCGGCCUUGCCGCCCUCGUCUUCAGCGGCUACAUCCUCGUCGACACCCAGCUCGUCCUGCGCAAGCAUCACGUCGAGGAGGAGAUCGCCGCCGCCAUCAGCCUCUACCUCGACAUCAUCAACCUGUUCCUCGCCAUCCUGCGCAUCCUCAACAGCCAGUCUAAUAACUAG